AUAAACUAGGCCCCCCAGAUUACAAAAGUGACAGAUACGAAUGAAGCAACACGGCAAUCCACAAAAGCGACGAAUACGCCGGAGGACUUUAGUUUACUUGACUUGUUCACCACAAAGGCUGAAGCAAGGAAUAAACAUACGAGGUAGGCAUUUCACAUUCGCUGAUCUCUGAAUCUGAAAAGAGAAAUCAAGUCCGCAAAAUCUGAAGCUGCCAUUUUUGAGACCUUCGCUUCUCUCCACAUUGGCCAGGUUGAGAGCCAACUGUAGAUCUGUUUAAAGAUCAGGAUCGGUGGAAGUAUCUUGCGAUAUUUGUGAACGAUCUUCCCUUCACAUACAGCAUUGCAAGUUGCAACACGGCAACCCCACAGACAUAAAUAGGUGAGAGGCAUCUUUUUUGAAGAGAAAGCAAAUCUCAGCAAAUCCUGAAUCUGCCAUUUUUGAGCUCUUUCUUUCGCUUCCCUCUACAUCGAUCCAGGUUAUUUCUUCUCUUUCACUUAUUUAUUAUUCUGUUUUGCUUGCCCUUUUUCCCCGGAUUUUUCUCAGGGAAAUUCUGAAAAAAGAUUUGUUGUUGAUUUUGGCUCUUCCUUGUUGGCUACCUUACUGUCGUAGAUCUGUAGACCUGAUCUAUUGACUAAGAUCUUCAUUUAUCUUAUUCAGAAUUUUUUAAAGAAGUCAAUGCAAAAGCAAACUGCUCGAGUUCUUUAUUUUUUUCAAGUAUAACUUUGAAUCAAGUUUUUUAGUCUAUAUUAACUAAUUUAGUUUACAUUCUGUCCCAAUAUGAUAAAAAUAUUAAACAAAUAAUUACAUAAAAUAUUUUUAAUAUAGUUGACAGCUCGAACUUAGGUGUAUAUUUUUAAAAUAGAAGACAAGAUGUAAAGGUAGCUAGAGUAUUUUGCACAAUAAAUAAGUAAAGAUGUUGGGUGGACUUAACUAGUCGCUGUUGAUCAUUCGCAAGUUUGUCCCAUUUUGGAAAUAUUUUAUAUUUUUGCUUAAUCUCUGUAUAUCGCGUUGAUCAAGAACCCUUAUCAUUUCUCAGUAAGGCUGAAAAAAAAAAAAACAAGGAUUAGUUUCAGGUUGAAGCAAGAGAUUAUAUUGACAUGGAUGCAACCAUUGCUUUAACGCUCAUAGAAGGUUUGUUGAUCUUAUUGGCUAUAGCAACUAAUAAAGCUCUCAGAUUUCUCUGUCCUUCCCUUCACGUUGUUCAUCAGAUCAGUUGUAAAGGCGAAGAUGCUUCAGUUUCAACAGUUUCUUCUUCUGAUCGUAUUGCUGUUGGUGAUCCUCCUCCUGCAACCAAGUAUGAUGUGUUCCUUAGUUUUAGAGGCGAAGACACUCGCAAAAAUUUCGCGAGUUAUCUUUAUGAAGCACUUUGUAAAGCAAACAUUCACUCUUUUAUGGAUCACAAACUCCACAAAGGAGAUGAUAUCUCACCCAUUCUUCUAAGAGCCAUACAGGAAUCAGAGAUUUCUGUGAUUAUUUUCUCUGCUGAUUAUGCUUCUUCAACUUGGUGUUUGGAUGAGCUUGUUCACAUAUUAGAGUGUAAGAAAAAAUUUGGAAGGAUUGUGGUACCUAUUUUCUACAAAGUUGACCCAUCAAAUGUUAGCAAACAAAGUGGGAGCUUUGGAUAUGGAUUUGCUAAGCUGAAGCAAAGAUUUAAAGACAACCCAGAGAGACUACAUAAGUGGGAAAAUGCUUUGAUCCAGUCAACAAGCCUCUCUUCUAGAUGGGAUUCCACGAAUAUCAGGCCUGAGACCAAAUUCAUUAAAGAAAUUGUGGAAGAUAUCUUGAGCAAACUGAACUACUAUACAUCAUCAACAUCAUCAUGUCAUGUUGAAGGACUCGUGGGCAUUAAUCAUCAAAUUGAGAAAAUAGAAGAACUCUUGAUUGAUGCUCGGAUACUAGGAAUAUGGGGCACAGGUGGUAUAGGUAAAACUACCCUUGCCAAAGCUUUGUUUGGCAAAUUGAAAUCACAAUUUGAAGCUUCCUCAUUUGUUGGAAAUGUAAGAGAACAACUUGCAAGAAAUGGAGUUGAAAAAUUACAAGAACAAUGCCUUAAAGAAUUAUUAAAAGAUGAGGGCCUUCACAUCUACAACAUGAGAUCCACUUUUGUGAAACAUAGGCUUCAACGCAAGAAAAUCCUUCUGAUACUUGAUGAUGUGGACAAUUUAUUAACAGCAGAAGAUUUAACCAAGUUGUGUGAUUGGUUUGGAGAAGGAAGUAGAAUUAUUGUUACCUCCAGAGACAUGCAAAUUCUUAAGAAUUCUUCUGCAAGUACAACAUAUCAUGUUAAGGGAUUAGAGUUCAAUGAUGCUCUAAAUCUCUUCAGUUUGAAAGCAUUUAAGCAAAAUGAGCCAUUUAAAGGCUAUUUGGGGUUAUCAAAGUUUGUUGUGAGUCAUUAUUGUCAAGGAAAUCCAUUAGCUCUUGUAGUGUUGGGUUGUUUUCUUUAUCGAAAAACAAAAGAAGUGUGGGAAAGUGCAUUGGAAAAACUAAAACAAGCCCCACAUAAAGACAUUUUUAGUGUUCUAAAAUUGAGUUUUGAUGGACUUGAUGAGAUGCAGAAGAAUGUAUUUCUUGACCUUACAAUUUUCUUGAAGGGAGGAGCAUGGAGGGUUUCUCUAGAUUGUUUAAGAAGCUUAUAUGGUUCUUCUGCAUAUAUUGACAUAUGUGUGCUUAAAGAGAGAUCCCUCAUUUUAGUGAAUGAAAAUGGUGAUAUUGAGAUGCAUGCUCUUCUAAUGGACAUGGGGCUUGAAAUUUCUAGGCAACAAUUCAUAUCUAACCCAGAAAAACCCAUUCGACUAUGGAGGCACGAGGAUAUUUAUCGUUUUUUCAACAAUGACAAGGCGACGGUGGAGGCAGUUCGAUGCGUGUCAUUAGACAUGAGCAAGAUGAAAAUGAUUAAAUGGAGGUCUAGUGAUUUUCAAAAAAUGCACAAUUUAAUAUUCCUUAGAAUUUACAAGUCAGAUCAAAGGAGAAAGCCUUCAAAGCUGAACCUUUUUGGACAUUUGGAUUAUCUCCCAGAAGAAUUAAGGUUUUUUAGGUGGGAAGAAUAUCCACUACCAUAUGUACCAUUGCAUUUCUGUGCCGAGAAUCUUGUUAUCCUUGGAACACCUAAUAGUAAUAUCCGACAACUGGGCAAUGGGACUCAGCAUUUUCCAAAUCUAAGGAGAAUGGAUGUACAGUAUUCAAAAGAUCUCACUGCUAUCCCAGAUCUAUGCCAUACCCCUAAGAUUGAAAAGCUGUGUCUUGAUGGUUGUGUGAGUUUGGCUCAUAUCCAUUAUUCUUCAGAUGUCUCGGGAAGGAAUGUGACCCUAUAUAUACAAGAUAGUAGGCCAUUGGAGAUGGACAUUGAGGGCAUUUUUAGAAUGGAAGGGCUUAGUCCAUCAGGGUUUGAGAUUGUUCGCAGUUAUAGUUUGGACGGUUGCGAUAAUUUGUCAAUGAAGGUCGAGGUACGUGGCAAGAUCAUGUCGGGUGUUGGAUUUAAACACGUGGAAGAGAAUGCAGAAUUGAGACAGAGAUUGGAGUGUUUACUUCCAUAUGUGAAGAGAGUUGAAUGGUCGGAGAGUGCAAUUGAUGAUUUCAACCAACAUUAUAACUACCAUCUGCAUUAUACCGAUCCUUUUUACUCCCUUGCCACAGAUAAUGACCUACCACUUACAACACAAGUGGCGGCUAUGGCGACAACGAUGGAGGAAGCUGCAGAUCCCGGUGCCGCCAUUUUUGCUAUCUUUGUGAGCUAUUUCUUCUGCUUCCUCCAGAUCCAGUCGUCUGCUUUUACUCGUAUCUAA